AUGGUUGAAGAUCCCAAAGAAUUAUGGGAUUGCCUUAAUGAAAGAUUUGGACACCACAAAAGGGUGCUCCUUUCUAAGGAAUUAUUUGACUGGACAAAUUUACGGUUCCAGAAUUUCAAAUCUGUAAUUGAUUACAAUUCAACCAUACAUGAGAUAGUAUCUAUAUUGAGAUACUGUGAUCAUCCAGUCACCAAUGAACAGAUGAUUGAAAAAACACUCACUACUUUUCAUGCAAGUAACAUACUGUUGCAAGAACAAUAUCGUGAAAGAGGUUUCAAAAGGUUUAAUGAAUUAAUGAGUGUAUUGCUUGUUGUGAAACAAAAUAGUUAUCUUUUGUUGAAAAAUCAUAAUCUUAGACCAACUGGGUCUUUGGCCACUCAUCAUGAGGCAAAUGCAACAAGUUCUUAUCCACCCGAGGCAAAUGCUACACGAAGAGGUGGACGUGGAAAUUACAAUGGGUGUGGAAAUUAUCGCGGACGAAGCCGAGGACGUGGUAGAAAUAAUUUUCAAAGAAAAUGUAAUUUUAAAAAUUCUGAAAAACAGAAGGGACAGUCAUCUAGAAGCCACAAACAAACUCUUUCAAAAGGAAAAAACAUAUGUUAUAGAUGUGGCAUGAUAGGGCAUUGGGGACAUACUUGUUGUACGGCCAAACAUUUGGUAGACCUUUACCAGGCUUCUGUAAAAGGCAAAGAGAAAAAUGCAAAAGCAAAUUAUGUUAAUGAAGAAAAUGCUCCAUGUCCUACCCUUGAUGUGUUUGAUUUUUUCAUGGACAAUGCUGAAAUUGGAAAUGAUUUCAUCUUUGGAGAAAAUAACAAUGCUUAG